CUCAUAAGUAAGCACAGCAUACAAAGUAGGUUAGGCCUGGUGUUUUUCUCCCAAGUCUGUAUUUCAACAACAUUUCAAAGACAGGAACAGAACUUAACGCUUGGGCACAUCGUUGAGCCGAGUUAAAGGAAGACGAAAUCUCAACCGUGCCGUUUUAGAGCACGCGCAAAGGCACCCUUGAUGAGCUACUACAGUCGGGAUCUAGAAGGGGCUUCCGCACGCGCCUAUGUGUAGGCCUGUUGACCCACAUUUUGCACAUGCCCGUGUCUCUGCAGGCUGUCAGAUGGUUCCCUUUCAAAUGUCUUUCCGAUGCUUGAAGUGUUUCUUCCACAGACUGACCCAUGAAGCAUCAUCAUCAUGAGCUCUAUAGACAGGGAUGAUGGAAGCAUUUUUGACGGGUUGAUGGAGGAGGAUGAGAGGGACAGGGCCAAGCGAGUUUCUCGGAAUAAAUCAGAGAAGAGGAGGAGAGACCAGUUCAAUGUCCUCAUCAAAGAACUGGGCACCAUGUUGCCUGGCAACACCAGAAAGAUGGACAAGUCAACUAUUUUACAGAAAAGCAUUGAUUACCUGCAUAAGCAUAAAGAAACUGCAGCACAGUCGGAGUCGAGUGAGAUCAGACAGGACUGGAAACCCCCAUUCCUUAGUAAUGAGGAGUUUACACAAAUCAUGCUGGAGGCACUGGAUGGCUUCUUCCUCGUUAUCCUGACAGAUGGGAACAUCAUUUAUGUGUCUGAAAGUGUCACAUCUUUGCUUGGACAUCUGCCUUCAGAUUUGGUGGAUCAGAACCUAUUGAACUUCCUUCCUGUUGGAGAGCAUGCAGAUGUGUACAAAGCUCUGUCUUCACACCCGGAAGGCGAGAACCUUAGUCCUGAAUACCUCAAGACUAAGAGUCAGUUGGAGUUUUUCUGUCACCUGCUCAGAAGUACUAUGGAUCCCAAGGAGCUGCCCGUUUAUGAAUACGUCAAAUUUAUCGGCAACUUCAAGUCCCUUAGCAACAUGCCUCGUACAACUCGAAAUGGCCUGGAAGGGGUGCUUCAGCGGUCAUUGCGUCCAGCCUUUGAUGACCACGUGUGCUUUGUAGCAACCGUGCGGCUAGCCAAACCACAGUUCAUCAAAGAGAUGUGUACAGUGGAGGAACCUAAUGAAGAGUUUACCUCACGACACAGUCUAGAGUGGAAAUUUCUCCUAUUAGAUCACAGAGCUCCUCCCAUCAUUGGCUAUUUACCCUUUGAGGUGCUGGGAACGUCUGGCUAUGACUACUAUCAUGUAGAUGACCUGGAGUCAUUGGCCAAAUGCCAUGAACAUUUCUGUGGUUGUGCAGUGAUGCAGUUUGGGAAGGGGAAGUCCUGCUACUAUCGCUUCCUAACUAAAGGCCAGCAGUGGAUCUGGCUGCAGACGCACUACUACAUCACCUACCACCAGUGGAACUCACGGCCUGAGUUCAUCGUCUGCACACACACCGUGGUGAGUUAUGCAGAGGUGCGAGCAGAGCAGCGGAGAGAGAUGGGCUUGGAGGAGUCGCCUUCUGAGCCUGUAGUAGAUAAGCAGUGCCAUGACUCAGGUUCAGAGUCACAGUUGAAUACCUCCAGCCUGAAGGAGGCACUGGAGCAUUUUGAUCACAGCCGCACUCCAUCCACCUCCUCCCGGAGCUCCCACAAGUCCUCCCACACAGCUCUCUCUGACAGCACAUGUACCUCCACACCCUCAAAGCUGCAGAUAGAGGUGAACCCUCUUCCUUCUCCUCCUCCUCCUCUUCCUCUUCCUACUCUUCUUCGGGUCACCGGGCAGUCGCAGCGGUGCUCUUUGGGCAGUGGCCAGACUGUCAGUUCCCAGAAUACACCACAGACUGCAUCUCCUGUUCAGGGCAACCAACAGCAUCAGACUAACGCACAGUAUUCUGCUCAGUUGAAUGCCAUGCAGCAUCUGAAGGAGCAGUUGGAGCAGAGGACGCGCAUGAUCGAGGCCAACAUUAAGAAGCAGCAGGAGGAGCUGAGACAAAUACACGAACAACUGCAGCGUGUGCAGGGCCAGGGGCUUCAGAUGUUUGUACAGCAGGCAGGAGGAGGGGUCAAUAUGCCGCUUCCUUCGGUGGGUGGCACUUCAAUCCUAGCUGUAGGGUCACAAUGUGGAGUUGUAGCCAUUCAGGGGCAGAGUAUCACAAGCACUGCCCACAGUGGAACUCAGAAUGCCCUCCCACAACAAGCUCUACCCUCUCAACAGAGUCAACAAGUCUCUGCGCUCACACAGCAGGGCCAGGUAUAUAACACCAUUGGUCAGCCUGCCAAUGCCAGUAUGGUGCAAAUACCCAGCACUUUGGCACAGAACGUCAAUCAAGGAGCUUCUAUCAACAGGUUUCCCACAGGGCAGCAGCUGGUGACGAAGCUAGUGACAGCACCUGUAGCAUGUGGUGCCGUGAUGGUCCCCACCACCAUGUUCAUGGGUCAGGUGGUGACUACCUACAGCCCGUUGGCACCGCAACAGGGCCCGGCACAAGCCACCACCCAGCCCGAUGCUCAAAAGCAAGCGGCCACAGUGCAGCCAACGCAGCAGCAAGGAUUGCCACAGCAGCAGACAUUUCUACAGGGCACCCGUAUUCUUCAUGGCAACCAGCCCACACAACUAAUUCUACAGGCUUUCCCUAUUCAACAACAGAGUGUAUUCCCCACAACACAACAGCAACAACGUCAACAACAACAAAGGCCACAACAGCAGCAAUUGAAACCUCAGACUCAAAAGCAGCAGAAAGCUCCUGCCUCUCAUCGGACUGAUAGCUUGGGUGCCCAAUCCCAGUGACACAGAAGAGGGCAGUAGCCAGUGGUGCUUUUUAUAAAUCAUAAAAACAGUGUUAAUUGGAAGGUAAUUGGCAUAAUCUGACAACAAGGGUAUUUCUUCCAUGGUGACUUCUAUAGUUUCUUAACAGAAACCUCUUAAACAAAGAACCCAUCAUAACAGCACGGAAUGUGACACCACCAGAUGGUUAUCAUUGCAACUGCACAGAACUCCAAACAUUUCACAGUAACAGAAGGACAAUGCAAGGCCUUGACACCAUGGGUUUUGCAGCUUCUUUUUUUUUCUUUGUAUUUAUUUAAGCAACAUGAAUCAGGAUACACAAUGAAAAGGAAACUCUGAAAACUCCCUCCUUAUGACCUGUACUUUGCGACCUGUGUAACAUGCCAUGUAGAUUUUCAAGCGUGAAGGAUCACCACCAGAAAGCAGUUAUUUUAUACCCUGCAUGAGAGCGUAAACUUUCACUUGUAGUUCUACUGUCAUGAUUUUAUUUUGUAAUUGUAUUCUAAGGAGAGAGAGAGAGAGAGAUUUUGGUUGCUUGUAGCAUCUAUUAGGCUUGAGGCAGUAAAAAAGAGCACAUUUACUUUAUCUUAAUUAUUUUCUUUUGAAACAUUUUAUUCAGAAGGGGACAGUGUUAACUCUUUUCUGUAGUUAUCGGAUCUUUGAAGUGCCAAGAAUUGGUUAAACAUCCCCUAAACAAAGUAUUUAAAAGAGUAAAUUAAUGUUUCUCUCCAAAUUGUGUAUAGGAUAUUAAUUGCUUUUGAAUGAUGAUUGUAGUCCUCUUAAAAGUGUCUUCCUCUUCCUGUUGUGUUUUGUACAUACUGUGUAUAUGCGGACUGAAUUGACACUCAUAGCGAUCUUCUUGCUUGUGUGUGUGUGCGUGUGUAUGCACGCAUGUGUGUGCGCACUUCUGAAAGCAGUUUGAGCAGGUGCAUUUUAUGUCUUGAUGUAAAAAACAGACAAGGGUGUGUGUGUGUGUGUGUGUGUGUGUGUGUGUGUGUGUGUGUGUGCGCACGCGCGCAGACCCUCGGUCUACAAACAGUUUGCAUAUAUUUGUAUUUUUCAGAUAUAGGAAAUAUAAGAAAUAUGGUUGCAUUAAAACUUGAAACUCUAGAAACUGUUUCAGAAACUGAUAACUGCUCUAGCAUUCCAUGCCCUAUUGGUUUUGGGGAUUAUGCAACAAGCCAUGUUCAGCCAUAUCCA